AUGACCACUGCAGCUCCAACACUGGAAGAAAUCACCCAACUAACCCGCCAAGAACUUACUACAGCUAGAAAAUCAGAUCCAAUCCGCGAAUGCGGACGCGCCGCUCUGUUGCUGCUUCCCGAUGAUCCUGAGCUUUGCUUGAAGCUUGCGUAUCAGAAAUUGCAUGACGUGCCGUACAAGGACGUGAAAACAUGUUGGAGACGGUUGUACACGGAUGCGAGUCUCUGGAAGGUGGUGAGGGUUGUGGGAGAGCUGGAGUCUAAGGGGCGUGGAGAGGGCGACUGGAUAGAUGAAGUGGUCAAGCUUUUAGACAUGGCGCUCAUCCUCACGGGUGCACCGGAAAGAGAAGAGUUGGUGGAGCUGUGGUUUUCCGCCAUCAAGGCCGUACUCGUCACCUUCCAACCCGACUUUGAGUCCUCCGAUCGACCAGCGAAGCGACGCAAACUCUCACCGUCUAUGCAGUCGACCUUAUCUGCACAGCUUCCGCACCUUCGCCCAGCAGUCCGCCACCCCAUUGCCCGUGCAACGAAUCCGUCCCUGGCAUCUUUCCAAACCAAGCUCUCCAACCCACAAACACACACUCCCAUCAUAAUCGAAGGUGCUAUAGAGCACUGGCCCGCACUCGACGACCGACCAUGGAAUAAUUCGGAGUAUCUGCUUGAGCAGACGCUCGGCGGGCGACGCCUGAUCCCUGUAGAGAUAGGGAAAAGUUACACAUCCGAAGGCUGGGGCCAGCGCAUCGUCACCUUCAGCUCGUUCAUGCAGGACUACAUAUUAAGCACACAAACCCCUCUCAAAAAGGAGAAUGAAGCAACAGGCUACCUAGCGCAGCACGACCUCUUCGCUCAGAUUCCCUCUUUACGCGCCGAUAUUUGCAUUCCAGAUUACUGCUAUUGCGAGCCUAUCCCGACCUCUUUACCGCACGUCAAGGCUACGGCGAAGUUAGAAGAACCGCUUCUGAAUGCAUGGUUUGGACCCCCAGGCACGAUCUCCCCGUUGCAUACAGAUCCGUAUCAUAAUGUUCUGGCGCAGGUCGUCGGGUAUAAGUAUGUAAGGUUGUAUGCGCCAGAAGAGACGAGGAGACUCUAUCCCAGAAGUAUAGAUGAGAGUGGAGUAGACAUGAGUAAUACCAGCCAAGUAGAUUUGGACGAGGGCAUGGCUGUCCAUGAGGAAGUGUCUUGUUGGGAAGGAUGUGGUGGUGCGGAGGGGGUGCAUGGGGAUGGCGAUGAGCAUGAUUUGGUUGAAAGAAGGAGGGAUUUCGAAGAACAGUUUCCUGAGUUCAAGGAUGCAAGGUAUAUUGAGGGUAUUCUCGGGCCUGGAGAGUGUUUAUACCUCCCUGUGGGGUGGUGGCAUUAUAUCAGAAGUUUGACGCCGAGCUUUAGUGUCAGCUUCUGGUUCAAUUGAUCCGUGUUUUCUUCUUGAGUCUAUCGACUUCUUCUAGAGGGGUUUGUGGUAUCGUUGCUGUCAUUUUCAUCCUCGAUAUCUUUAUGUUGCCUGAUUUGGCUGGGCUUAUAUUUGAUAGUCUAAGUCUGGGCAGAUGCAUAGUUCGUAUCAAAAAAACAUCCCGAGAGCCUUGCGAGUAUGGCUUGCUUCACGUCCUUCAAUAUCCCUUAAAACUGCCAACCUCCAGGGCGAUGCAUGAUUUUGCCAAAUUUUAAGCUUGGUAAGUGUUAGGUUUGAUUCGUUUUCCACCCCAAUUAAUCAUCGCCUUGCAGGAGCUUUUGUCUGCGGCUCUUGAAGUUGGCUAUAGCGACAGACCUGGGAAGUUUUAGCAUUAACGAGUUCUUCCCUAAAACAACUACGUUGUUCAAAGAGUGGGCAAAGUCGAACAAUACCUGAAACUCCAUCAAAGCAACGGCGGAACAGGGCGGAUACGAAAAGAAUUAUCGG